UCAACGCUGAAUGUGGAGAAAUUAUGGGCACCACCAAUGUCGAAUGUGAAAGCCAACGAAGCAACAUCGAAUGCAAAAGCCAAUGGAAGAUAUAAAGCCAACGUUCAUAAAGAAUAUUCAAACCAAAUGCCAAGAAAGAGAAGACAGAAGUAG